AUGCCAACUACGCGGCGGCAGCACCAAGCGUCUGCUUCGGACCCUGCCCCGGAGGCAGCACAUCAGCCUUCUCGUGGAGCCGAUGAUAUAAUUUCGCGAGGAACCCAGGCUGCCAAGGAGGAGACACCGAAGAGGUCACCCAGCGCAAACACGUUCAGGUCGGCAACAGCAAGGAGAUCGUGUUCAUCUUCGUCUAGCGCUAGACGGAAGCAAUUGGAACUAAAAGCUGAACAGGCGAAGGCCGAGAUAAGAAUGCAGCUCAUAGACAAACAGCUGGAGGCAGAUCUAGCACAGUUGGAAGAGGAGGAGGUGGCUGAUGACGUCACCGAAAGUCGGUUUGUUGCAGACGAACGUACGAAAGAAAGUGUAAGGGAAUGGUUGGACCGUAGCCAAGGGGAACCUUGUGCAGCCCUCGAGCCACGUGCUCGGACCUAUCCGACGUUCCUGACCACCGAUCAGCCUUCACGGGAGGCUACAUCUGACGUCCAACAACUGGCACAUGUACUGAAGGAAAUGAUGACCCAAACGAGUUCACAGCGAGAGGACAGGCUCCUAAGUCGCCUCGCCACCCCACGAGAUCUUCCCGAAUUUCACGGUGACUAUGUUGAGUGGCUUCACUUCAAAAAUGCUUACGAGGAGUCCACGAAAAUAUGUAAAUUUAGUGACAGUGAAAACUUGUGGCGGCUAAGAAGAUCGCUUCGCGGCGCAGCCAAGGAAGCGGUGGCAGACCUGCUCAUCGGCAACACGGUGCCCUCGCAGGUGAUGGACACGCUGGAACUGAGGUUUGGACGCUCUGAUUUUAUUGUACACACAAUCACAACACAGCUAAAGAAGCUACCACCAUUACCCUUAUUUUAUCAAAGCAACUUAGUAGAAUUUUCCACUAAAAUAAUUAAUUCAGUUGCCACAUUACGAGCAUUAAAAAAGGAAGAAUAUCUUAGAAGUCCAGAGUUAAUAAAUGCAGUUAUAUUUAAAUUGCCCAGCACUUUGCUUAGUAAAUGGACAGACUAUGCUUACAGUAAGCGCUUAGAUAAUUUACCUAAGCUUACAUUAUUAGCUGAAUUUUUAAAACAAGAAUCACAGAUAUUACUAAGCGUGGGAACUAUUCCAUUGGAUAAUUAUAAUAGUCAACAGACAGAAAACAAGACACGAAAAAGACACAAGGUAUUUAAUUUGAGUACUACAGACUAUAAUGCCAAUGAGUUAUGCAAAUUUUGUAAUAAAUCAGUACAUAAAUUAACGGAUUGUCGAAUAUUUCGGCGUGCAUUACGGCGGGACAGAUGGAAAUUUGUAAAAUCGCAAGGUCUUUGCUUCGUUUGUUUACAUCGACGACACACCGCCGCCAUGCAAUGCAAUGCACCGCCAUGCGACGUCGAUAAAUGCGGACUUCAACAUCAUCGCUUAUUACAUUUUAAUAAAGGAGCUGUACACGCGCCGGCCGACGCGCGAGCCGCUGAUCGCUCGCGUUCGCCCGCGCCGCCUAGUGGGCGCGAACCGCCCGCGCCGCCGGCGCCGGAGUCCCUGUCAGCGCAGUCGCCGUCGCCCGCCGCGGUGGGCACGGUGGCCAAUCUAGCCGCUGGUUCCAGUGCUCCGCGCGACGAAGUGUUGUUAAAAGUGGUGAGAGUGAAAUUACGCGGUCCGUCCGGAAUUGAACUUAUAUCUCAUGCCUUACUGGACGAUGGUGCCUCGGUGUCAGUGAUAGACGCGAACUUAGCCGACCAGUUAGGCCUAGUGGCUAGCGAAUCUAGUGCGGUAAGAUUCGUCGACGCGUUCGGUAUAGAAGUGUAUCAGGCGGACACGCCUAAGGUUACGGUGGACAUUAGCAGUACCGAUAGUAAUAAUAUUUAUAAUUGUAAAAUUCAAUUACGCAAAGUGUCAAAGCUCAAUUUACCUAUGCAAAAUUUGUCUGUUAUAAAUAACAUUAAUUGUAAACAUUUAACAUGUAUAAAGGGUUAUGUUUGUAAAGAGAAUGUUAUUCCGAAAUUGUUAAUAGGCGAAGAUAAUUAUCAUAUUAUUGCACCUUUACAAAUAAUUAGUGGAAGCAAAAAUGAACCUUAUGCUACUCGAUGCAGGUUAGGUUGGUCUAUUCACGGCUACAGCGGUCGCACUCACACUCCCUCCGCGCGUAGUAUCUUCUAUCUCGCUCACUCUGACGGCGAGAAGCUUAAUGAGUUAAUAACAAAUUCUUUCGCUAUAGAUUCGAUUGGAAUAUCACCGUUACGUCGUGAGAAUAAAGCUCACAUUCGUGCGGUUGACAUUUUAGAUAAAUCUUUUCGUAAAGUAGAUGAACAAUAUGAAGUUUGUUUACCAUUUAAGAGUGACGAAUUUACUAUGCCUGAUUCCUACGAUAAUGCUUUGUCUCGAAUGAUUUCAUUAAACAAAAAAUUUAACAACAAUAGGGAUUAUGCUAACAGGUACAGCAGAGAAAUUAAAAAAUUGUUCGACGAAGGUUAUGCGAGGGAAAUUAAGAGCAGCGAGCAGUCAUCGAGUCAUGUAUGGUAUUUACCACACUUUGGCGUACAGAACCCUAACAAGCCUGGGAAGUUGCGACUAGUGUUCGACGCAGCAGCUAAGUUAGAACGCGGUUCGUGGAAGCAUGGCGUAGUGAGUGCGGCCCAUGCCGGAGAGGACGGCAGAGUGCGUUGCGUUGAUGUGCAAACGCGCACGGGCGUUUUAAAGCGUCCAGUAACUAGAGUAGCAUUGCUUGAGGUAUAGGUUUGUAGUGCUGAGGAGUCAGCACUAGGGGGCGGUGUUGACGAUAGAACUUAAAAG